AAGGUCGGUGGGAUUUAGGGUUUAAGAAAAGCUUCUGAGAAGGGAGAGAGAUUAGAGAGAAGAAAUGGGGAAGACGACGACGUGCCAGCGGAAAAAGGGAAGCCAAAGCUUAAGGCAAAGGCUGCUUCUCGCGACCCUUUCAUCGAAGCCUAUCAUCAUUGAUGAGAUUCGUGCCGACGAAACGAUUCCUGGCCUCCAACUUCACGAGAUUUCUCUUCUCCGCCUCUUCGAAACUGUCUCCGAUGACUGUCGCAUCCAGAUUAACGAGACCGGGACUCAAGUGAAAUACAAGCCUGGAAUAAUAAUGGGAGGGAAGAAUUUGGUUCACAACUGUGCCCUGACUCGAUCCAUUGGCUAUUAUCUGGAGCCAUUGCUUGUUUUAGGAUUAUUUGGAAAGAAGCCCCUUUCGAUUAGGCUCAAAGGAAUUACAAAUGAUCCAAAGGACCCAAGCGUUGACACAAUUCGUAACACUACCUUAAAUAUCUUAAAACGUUUUGGAGUCCCAGCAGAAGGGUUAGACCUUAGAAUUGAAGCCCGUGGAGUAGCUCCAGACGGAGGUGGAGAAGUUCUCUUGACAGUUCCAAAUGUUCAGGCCCUAACUGCGGUCCAAUGGCUAGAUGAAGGAAUGGUGAAGAGGAUACGAGGUUGGACUUUCUCUGCAAGAGUUUCUUCUGACUUUGAACAUUCCAUGAGAUUCACAGCUCGUGGAAUCUUUAACAACCUCUUGCCUGAUGUUCACAUUUUUAGCGAUCACAAAGCUGGCCCUCAGGCUGGAAAAUCACCUGGAUACGGAAUAUCAUUGGUAGCAGAAACAACUUCAGGAUGUUACAUCUCUGCAGACACAACAGUGUCUUGUGGAAGAACAGACGAAACUGGAGAGCUCGAUGGAGAGAAGCAAGAGAGAAAACCAGCAGAAGACACAGGAGCUGACAUUGCUUCAUGGCUUCUUCAGGAGAUUGAGAAAGGCGGAGUUGUUGAUUCAACACACCAGGGAUUGUUGUUUAUACUAUGUGCGUUAUGCCAACAAGACGUGUCAAAGGUUCGAGUGGGAACGUUGUCUCCUUAUGGAGUGGAGACGUUGAGGAACAUAAAGGAGUUUUUGGGAGUUACUUUUGGAAUCAGACCUGAUCCAUUGACAGGAACCGUCAUACUCACCUGCGUUGGAAGCGGCUUGGUAAACCUCGCUAGGAAGUUGUCUUAAUUUCUCACAAUUGUUAUGUUUGUUUACACAGUCAGCUUUACAGUUUUGUCUGAUGGAAAAAGCUUUUUUAUAAUUUGAAUGGAUGUGUAUUCUUACACAGUCAAUUUUAUGCAAUUAUUAUCUAAAGAUUUUU